UCUUGCCACUUUCAGUUCACUACAAGGCCCAACGAAUCCCGAUCCUCCUGCUUUCCCAAUGAUUGUAAUUGAUGCUAAUCAGCAGAAUAGAGCAAUGAUAAAGGAUUAUGAAUUACUUCCAAAUAAUUUCGAUAAUUGCCUGCCACCAGUCCAAAUGGCACCUAGUUCAUCAGAGAUUUUAAAUGAAAUGCAAAUUACUCAAAAGGAUGCGAUACCUGGGGCAUCAGAAGUGUGCAGCAUUGAAGCACCUCAUACAUUGGACCAAUCUAAGGAGCAAGAUCAUGAGCCAUCACGCAAAUUUAAAGAUGCAAUUACUGCUAUAGUUGAAAACAGAGGCUUCGUUGACACUGCAGCACCUUUUGAAUCUGUUAAAGAAGCUGUCGCCAUGUUUGGUGGACAUGUCGAUUGGAAAGCCCACAAGCAGCAUGUCCAACUUCAACUUCAGAAGAUACAAGAGGAAAUUCCAGAGUACAAAAAACAAUGCGAAAUUGCAGAAAAUGCUAAAGCAGAGGUACUCAAGGAGCUUGAUAGCACGAAGAAACUCAUAGAAGAACUGAAGAUAAGCCUGGAGAAAGCACAGAGACGAGAGGCCCAGGCAAAACAGGACUCAGAACUUGCUGAGCUCAGGGUCAAAGAGAUGAAGCAAGGAAUCGACAAUGACGCAAGUGUUGCAGCCAAGACACAACUGGAGGUUUACAAAGAAAGGCACGCAACAGCAGUCGAAGAACUAAAAUCAGUGAGAGAUGAGUUGGAAGCACUGAGAAGAGAGUAUCCCACUUUGGUUAAUGCAAGGAAUGUGGCAAUUGGGAAGGCCGAAGAGUCUAUUUCUGCUUCCAAGGAGAUCGAGAAGGCUGCCGGGGAUCGAACUCUGAAACUCAUCACAACAAAGGAAUCGCUGGAAUUUGUCCAGGCUGCACAUCUUGAAGCAGAAGGGCAGAGAAUUAGUGCAGCAUUGGCACGGGAACAAGAUAAACUUACCUGGGAAAAGGAGCUGAAGCAAGCUGAAGGAGAGCUGCAGCAUCUCAAUGAGCAGCUUUUAUUGGUAAAUGAUCUAAAAUCGAGGCUAGAUGCAACUUCUACAUUGUUGUUCAAACUGAAAUCUGAAUUUGCUGCUUACAUGGAAGCAAGACUGAGCCAAGAAUCUGAGAGCAUCGAGGAAGAGACCCUGACAACUAUACCAGCAGAGUUUGCUCGAACCAAGAGGGAGCUCGAGGAAGUGAAGACCAACAUUGAGAAAGCAAAAGAUGAAGUCAAUUGUUUAAGAGCCGCAGCAUCUUCACUUAAAUGCGAGCUGGAGAGAGAGACAGCAGCCCUCGCCGCCAUGAGACAGAGGGAAGGGUUGGCAUCUGUGUCUGUGUCAUCUCUUGAGGCUGAGCCGAACAGGACAAACACCGAACUAGAACUAAUUUCGAUGAAGGAGAAGGAAGCCCAAGAAAAGAUGGUAGACGCGCCUAAGAAGCUUCAACGAGCAGCUCAGGAAGCAGAUCGAGCCAAAUCAGUCGCUCACUUGGCUCGUGAAGAGCUAACACACGUCGAAGAAGAAAGUACCAUGGAGAUCAGACUAGCUGCUGCUUUAAAGGAGAUAGAAGCAGCUAAAGCAUGGGAAGCAAGUGAACAGGCUGCUGCAGGCUUGGAGACCAAUGACUCCCCAAGUGGAGUGACCCUUCCACUGGACGAGUACUGCAGUCUCAGCAAGAAAGCCUGGGAGGCUGAGGAGCUUGCUAUUAGGAGGCUGAUUUCUGCCAUAAAGCAAAUUAAAUCAGCCAAGGAAUCCGAGUCAAGGUGCUUAGAAGAACUUGAGGAAGCAAAUAUGAAGAGAGAAGAAAAGACGAAUGCAUUAAGAGAUGCAGUGGAAAAGUUUGAAAAGGCUAAGGAAGGGAAAUUGGUUGUGGAGCAAGAGCUGAGGAAGUGGAGAGCCGAGCAUGAAGAGCAACGGAAAGCGAGUGAUGCUACUCAAAGUUUAGCUAAUUCCUCAUAUUUGAAGGAGACAGCAGAAUCAAACAGCCCACUUGAUGAAGAAGAACCUGCUCCCCGUGUUUACCCUCGCAUUGCUAGCCUCAGAGAACUCUUGCAAUGGAAUGAGACAACAAAUGUCAUGCCUGAACCGAAGUUUAGAAGGGGAUGCUUCCUUCCCCGGAUUUUUUCGGCCAAAAGGAAGGCACGGUCUUCGCAGUAAUGAAACAUAUAAUUUACUUAGAGAUGUAGAAAUCUCUUAUAUAUAUAUGCUAAUAAUGUUUCCUAAUUCUAGGGA